AUGCCUGACAUUGAAGGUUUGGACAAACAUUAUGAUGUUAUUGUCCUCGGAACAGGAUAUACAGAAGCGGUGCUUGCAGCAGCAUUUGCUCAAGCUGGAAAGAGCGUAUUACAUAUGGAUGAGAAUAAGUACUAUGGAAACCUGGAGACUACAUUUCAAUUUGAGGAGCUGCUUAAAUGGUGUAAAAAAAUACAAGACCCAGUUACAAAAACCGCAAGUUUAACGGCAAAUGGAUUCGAGUCUCCUUUAACAACACUACCGUGUGAAUUCACGAAGUCGCAAAAUGCCAUAUAUUCAGCGGUUGAGUAUAAGAUAUAUCCUCGUUCAUCAUCCACCGAGGAUCCUCUUCAUAGCCACGUCGAUCCACCACCACCAGCAUCUGAAGAGGAAGGAACAUCAGUGGAAACAUCUGCCGAAUUGAUCAAAGAUUCACGCAAAUAUUGUCUUGAGCUGCUACCGAAACUAUAUUAUUUUAAGAGUGACACAAUUGAAUUGGUUUCGCAAUGCAAGUUGGAUGCACUGACAGACGUAAGAGAUGGAAUUGAGUUUUAUCCUGUCAAAGGAAUUUAUAUGUUUAGAAACAAUGGAGACUUUGUAAAGGUCCCUGUAGGUAGACAAGAAAUAUUUAAAGAGACGCAUCAAAAUCUUUCAAUGAUAAGCAAGAGAAGGCUCAGUAAAUUGGCUGAAUUUGCUCAAUCUUACACAGAGUCAUCGGACGUGAUGGAAGGCACGCUCUUAUUUUAA